AUGGGACGAGUUGCCACCGACAUUUCUGCCUUCCUCGCAGUCGGACGCGCGUCCUCCUCCUCCCUUUGCGACGCGUCUCUGUCCUGGCGAAACGCCGCGGCAGGCUCUUCCAUGACCCAACCCCCGUCAGCUGCCCUCAACCCACUCAAGCUCGCCAUUGCUCUGACAUUCCGCGCUCAGGCUUUGUGGCGAGCGCGUGUCCGUUCUAUACGUCCUCGAGCUGUGGCGGGCGCCUGA